AUGAUCUGUGUCAGUCCUUCGAUGAUUGCUGGUAAGAUGGCGUCGGCGCACACACGGGCGAGUCUGGAUUCUGCAGGCGGAUAAGAAAGUGAACACCGAGGGCGUCGAUUUAUACAGACCUUGCAAAAAAGUGCAUACCGCAAUAGUAUUACAUAUAUCAUGUUGGGUUCCAUGCACGGCUAGAAAAGAGCCACCCUCGCCUUGGUAUGGAGCCCCCGGACCGCAGCGAUGAUAGCAGGCGGGACCGUUCAGCGGAACAUGCGCUGGCCCGGAGUUCAGAGGUGGAAGAAAUUUGGGAGGACUCCAGCGAGGGAGAGGAUGCCCCGUACAGCGAGUCUCCGCCCUGCACCCGCCGGCAGAUGAAGCGCAUGUCCGGCAAACACCAACGCAACACCUCCGGCAGGGCGCCCGGGCGCUCGCCCAGCAAAGCAGAAAAGGUGGCUCCCCUCAGCCAGGCCGCCAGCAGGGAGCGGGAGAACGCCAAGCCGACGGAGGCCGCCCCGGAGGAGCCCAACUACCGGCAGGGCAAGAAGCAGCGGGCCGCCCUCCGCAACACCGAGCGCGACCACAAGAAGACGUUCGAGGGCUCCUUCAUGCUGGACCCGCUCUCCAAGCCCGCCUUCGGAUCGCUGGGCAUGGAGCCGCGGAAGCCCUACCUCAGCCUGGGCUGCGGCAGCGCCAAGCUGCCCGUCACCAUGCCCCACCCGCUGGCCCGCACCCACCGGCAGACGUCGCGCACGGACUGCCCCGCCGACCGGCUCAAGUUCUUCGAGACGCUGCGGCUGCUGCUCAAGCUCACGUCCAUGUCGUCGAAGAAGAAGGAGCGGGAGCGGGAGCAGCGCGGCCUGGAGAACACGGGCUUCCUGGGCCAGAACAACGAGGUGAUCUGGCUGGAGCUGCAGGCCUGGCACGCCCGGCGCAGCGUCUCCGACCAGGACCUCUACCUCUUCACCGCCCGCAAGGCCAUCCCGGACAUCAUCAGCGAGGUGCUCCACUUCCGCGUGGACUACCGCAGCAUGAGCGGGCCGCCGGUCGAGGCGCCGGCGACGGACGCGCGGGGGGGGUUCACCGGGCACCUUUUGGGGAUGGCCGCGGGGCGUCUCGGGGGGUGCGAGGGGGCGACCGCCGGGGCGGACGGCGCCUUCAGCGGCUGCGAGUCGGAGACGGGCGGGGAGAGGUUGGGAGAGGGGGAGGGAGAGGGGGCGGAGGACCCCUCGACGCCCCUGGGCGGGGCUCCGGACUGCCGGGAGCACCUGCAGAGGCAGCGGCUGGCCUUCGAGCAGGUGAAGCGGGUGAUGGAGCUGCUGGAGUCGGUGGAGGCGCUGUACCCGUCGCUGCAGACGCUGCAGAAGGACUACGAGAAGUACGCCGCCCCGGACUUCCAGGCCCGGGUGCAGGCGCUGUGCCUGUGGCUCAACAUCACCCAGGACCUCAACCAGAAGCUCCGCAUCAUGGGCACCGUGCUGGGCCUGCGGGACCUGUCCCGCCUGGGCUGGCCCGUCUUCGACAUCCCCUCGCCCCGCUGCUCCCGGGGCAACGAGGACGACGACGAGGACGAGGACGACGAGAACGACUCCACCGCCACCUUCACGGCGGACAGCGACCCCGAGGAGGGGCAGGGCGAGGGCGAGGGCGAGGGGGACGGAGAGUCGUCCCCCUGCCUGACGCCCAAACUGGCCCGGCUCCUGUCGGAGGACGAGCUCCUGAUGGCGGCCGGCGGGGGGGCCCAGGAGGCCACGGCGCCCCUCGAGGGUGGGAGCCGGUACUGUCCCACCUCCAUCUACAGGCCGUUUGUGGACAAGGCCCUGAAACAGAUGGGCCUGCGGAAACUCAUCCUGCGGCUCCACAAGCUGAUGGACCGGUCCCUGCAGAGGUCCCGCGCUGCUCUGCUCUUCCACACACCCCCACAGGAGUUUUCAGAGUUCCCCGACCCCCUGGUGUAUAGCGACUACCUGCCGGAGCUCGCCCGGCACCUGUCGUGCUGCGGCCUGGGGUUCGAGGGCGCGGGGACGGAGCGGGUCUCCUGGGUGGAGCUGCUGGCCAUGGAGCUGCCUUCCUUCCAGCCCGCGUUCCUGGUUCUGUGCCGGGUUCUGCUCAACGUCAUCCACGAGUGCCUGAAGCUGCGUCUGGAGCAGAGGCCCGCCGGGGAGCCCUCGCUGCUCAGCAUCAAACAGCUGGUGCGUGAGUGUAAGGAGGUGCUGAAGGGGGGGCUCCUGAUGAAGCAGUACUACCAGUACAUGCUGCGGGGGGUCAUCGAUGACCCCGGCGGCUUGCAGACCAACGCCAACAUCGACGACUUCGAGGAGGACCUUCACAAGAUGCUGAUGGUGUAUUUCGACUACAUGCGCAGUUGGAUCCAGAUGCUGCAGCAGCUGCCUCAGGCCUCCCACAGCCUGAAGAACCUGCUGGAGGAGGAGUGGAACUUCACCAAGGUCAUCACCCCCUACAUUAGGGGAGGCGAGGCCCAGUCUGGAUGCCUGUUCUGUGACAUAGCCGGAAUGCUGCUCAAGUCCACCGGAGAGUUCCUGGACGCAGGCCUUCAGAGGAGCGGUGAUGAAUUCUGGGAAAGCGCGGAUGACAGCACUGCCUCCGACGAGAUCAGGCGCUCGGUCAUCGAGACGAGCCGCUCUCUGAAGGAGCUGUGCCACGAGGCGCGGGAGCGGGCGUCCAAAGCGCUGGGGUUCGCCAAGAUGCUCCGCAAGGACCUCGAGAUCGCGGCCGACUUCAGCAUCACCGCCGGGAUCCCCGGCCUCCUAAAGGCGCUGAAAGCCAAAAACUGCGUCAAGGUGCAGAUCCCGGGUCUGGAGGAGCUCCAGGUGUUCGUGCCGAGCGCCCUGGUGUCGCAGCGGCCCGUCAUCCUCCAGCUCCUCAACGCCGCGGCCGGGAAGGACUGCUCCAAGGAGCACGACGAGAUGGCGGACGACGAGGCCUACCUCCUCAUGAGCAAGCAGGGAGCCGGGGACCCGCCCGCGGAGGCCGACUGGGCUCGGUGGGACGGGCCGCAGCUGCGGCUGGUGCCUCAGACGGAGACCGUGGACACGCUCAGGGCCAUGAAGGUGGAGAACCUGCUGCUGGUGGUGAUGCAGUCGGCCCACCUGCUGACCCAGCGCAAGGCCUUCCAGCAGAGCAUGGAGGACAUCCUGGCGCUCCGCCGGGAACAGACCUCCAGCCAGCCCCUCAUCGCCGGAGCGCUGGAGCAGCUAAAGAACGAGGCCCUUCAGCUGUGCAUUAAGAUCAACACGGCCAUCGACCGGGUGGAGUACAUGUUCACGUCCGAGUUCGAGGCAGAGGUGGAGGAGCUCGAGUCGGCCACCUUGCAGCAAUACUACAGGGAGGCCAUGAUCCAGGGCUACAACUUCGCCUUUGAGUACCACAAGGAGGUGGUGCGCCUGAUGUCCGGAGAGUUCCGGCAGAGGAUCGGCGACCGCUACAUCGCCUUUGCCCGGAAGUGGAUGAACUACGUCCUGACCAAGUGCGAGAGCGGGCGGGGCACGAGACCCAGGUGGGCUACCCAAGGCUUUGACUUUCUGCAGGCGAUUGAACCCGGUUUCAUUUCAGCACUGCCUGAGGAUGACUUCCUGAGUCUGCAGGCCCUGAUGAACGAGUGCAUUGGUCAUGUGAUCGGCAAGCCUCACAGUCCCGUCAGUGGACUCUACUUCGGUUCAAGGAACCCCCGUCCCGUUAAGGUCCCCCGUUGUCAUAGUGACCCCGCCAAUCCCCACCUGUUCAUCCCCAACGCAGACAGCUUCAGCUCUCGGAGUCUACCCUGUGACCUUCGGACCCCGCCGUGCCCCCCAGGCCCCCGCCCAGCCCCUCUGGGUCCCGGGGAACCUGGCCCCUCCAAACCACCCAGCACCACCCCCAAUGACCUCAGAGGAUCAAAUCUUCACGAGAACGACCGGCUGUCGUCGGUGGCCGCGGAGUUCAAAUCCCUGAGCCGCCACUCCAGCCCGACGGAGGAUCGAGAAGAGCCCUCGUACCCGAAGGGAGACUCCGGCACCUCGGCCCGACGGAGCUGGGAGCUUCGGACCUUCAUCAGCCAGUCUAGAGACACGGCGGCCGGGCAGAGCCCCAUGGAGGCGGUCCGGCGCUCCAUCCGCUCCUUCGAGGACAAGCGCUACGCCAUCAUGAAGCAGCGCAACAUCAUCGGCCAGGUGUGCCACACGCCCAAGUCCUACGACAACGUCAUGCACGUGGGCCUCAGGAAGGUCACCUUCAAGUGGCAGAGGGGCAACAAAAUCGGUGAGGGUCAGUACGGCAAGGUGUACACCUGUAUCAACGUGGACACUGGAGAACUUAUGGCCAUGAAGGAGAUCAGGUUCCAACCCAAUGACCACAAAACCAUCAAGGAGACGGCGGACGAGCUGAAGAUCUUCGAAGGCAUCAAACACCCCAACCUGGUCCGCUACUUCGGAGUGGAGCUCCAUCGGGAGGAGAUGUACAUUUUCAUGGAGUACUGUGACGAGGGCACGCUGGAGGAGGUGUCCCGGCUGGGCCUGCAGGAGCACGUGAUCCGUCUCUACAGCAAGCAGAUCACCACGGCGAUCAACGUGCUGCACGAGCACGGCAUCGUGCACCGCGACAUCAAGGGAGCCAACAUCUUCCUGACCUCGUCGGGCCUGAUCAAGCUGGGCGACUUCGGCUGCUCCGUGAAGCUGAAGAACAACGCUCAGACCAUGCCGGGCGAGGUGAACAGCACCCUGGGAACGGCAGCCUACAUGGCUCCUGAGGUCAUCACCAGGGCCAAGGGCGAAGGCCACGGGCGGGCGGCGGAUAUCUGGAGCCUGGGGUGUGUCCUCAUCGAGAUGGUGACGGGGAAGAGGCCAUGGCACGAGUACGAACACAACUUCCAGAUCAUGUACAAGGUGGGCAUGGGCCACAAGCCCCCCAUCCCCGAGAAGCUGAGCACUGAAGGGAAGGACUUCCUGGGCCACUGCCUGGAGAGCGAGCCCAAACAGCGCUGGACGGCCAGCACCCUGCUGGACCACACCUUCGUCAAGGUUUGCACAGAUGAAGAAUGAAGUACGCCUGUCCUGGACUUUCCACCUUUAAAAGAAAUAAAUGUAAAAAAAACAAAAAAAAAACACCCCCCAACCCCCAAGCACUACUGUAAUAUGAAAUUAAAUAUGAAAUGUAAUAUUUACAAGGAACUGCGUUCUCAAUAAUUGGGCAGAAGAGUGAGAGGCUGUUUUUAAGAGGGUGUUGACGGACUUUGGCGGUCGACAUUCCCAGCAUGCAACUGUGGGGAUGGUUGAGCGGAUGUGGCUCUUACAUUGUACAGUUCCGGGGGCAUUGCAUUGUACAUACUGUAAGAAUGGGAAAGGGGUAAUCCUUGUAUAAAUACUGUAAAGCUGAAGUAAGCCAUUUCUGGAUCUGUUGUUCUUAAUGAUGACUAAUAAUAAAAACAAAAAGAGACAAGA